GGGGAGGGAGCGCCCCGGCGUCGGCGGUGGCCAUGGAGGCGGCAGCCCAGGCGAUGGAGUCCUACAGGGGCCGGGACAACGCGCUCAGGACGGCGUGUUACGCGUCGCGGCUGUUCGGCGGCCUCCUGGUGGCAUCGGACGGGCCGCAGCGGGUGGCGCUGGGCCGGAGGCUGCUGCUGCUGUCGCGGGAGCUCGGCGGCUGCAGGACCGUCCUGCGCCUCUUCGACUCGCUGUCCGUGUACCUGCAGUGCCGCGAGUACGGGCUGGGCGCUCAGGAAAAAGACAGUAUUGUUCGCUGGAGUUCCGUGAUCAUAAAUGCCGCAGACCAGCUCUACUAUCCCUGCGAACAUUUGGCCUGGGCUGCGGACACCAGCAUUAUCAGUAUCCAGGCAGAGGGCUGGUGGACAGCCACUACAUUACUGUGGGGUCUGGCACUGGCCACUGGUGUGGUGCGAUCCUUCCGAGCCCUACUGCUGCUUCGCAAACGCCUGAGGAAAAGCGAGAAUCGGGGUCAUGUCCAAGUGGGGGAUUCACCAACUUUCAGCAGGAAAGUUUACAAGAUGGAGGUGAGAGCAGAGAUCCUGAACAUCAUAAGCAACCUGUCCGACCUGGGAAACGCCAUCCAUUGGAUGCCCGCUGGAUUCCUGUGGAGCGGAAAGUUCCCCGAUUGGUUGGUUGGGCUGAUGGGAUCUGUCUCUUCCCUGAUUGGUGUUUACCAAAUGUCCUGCAAGAAAGACUUACGGAAAGACCUGUGAUACAGACGGGU